GGCGCUUCCGGCUGGUGCGUGGAGCGUUCUGGGAGACAUAGUCCGGCCGGGGAGGGAAGGUCGGCGAGUGCGCAUGCUCAGGAGCGCGGAGCGGCCCGCUGAGCGCGGAGGUCUCGGGAUUCAACAGCACAGCAUCCAGUAGGCUCUCAAUAAGCAUUUGUCACCACUGUCCUCAUCGCAGCAGCCUCAUCCCAUUCCUCCCCCAGGGAGAGACACUGGCCUCAGAGCUCCAGCCUGGUCUUUCCAAUGAGGCCCACAGCUCUGGGCUCCCCGGGCCACGCACCCCCAGAAGAUGAGGGGCCCAUCACGGUGAAGCUGGAGGAGUCUGAGGAGGAGGGUGAAGCCGCCCCAUGGGAUCCCGGCCCAGAGGCUGCACGACAGCGUUUCCGGCACUUCCACUAUGAGGAGGCAGUGGGUCCCCGCGAGGCGCUGGCCCGGCUCCGUGAACUCUGCCGCCAGUGGCUGCGGCCCGAGGUGCACUCCAAGGAGCAGAUGCUGGAGCUGCUGGUGCUGGAGCAGUUCCUGGGCGCGCUGCCCCCCGAGAUCCAGGCCCGCGUGCGGGGACAGCAGCCAGGCAGCCCUGAGGAGGCCGCUGCCCUGGUCGAGGGCCUGCGCCGGGAGCCAGGAGGGCCCCGGAGAUGGGUCACAGUCCAGGUGCAAGGCCAGGAGGUGCUAUCAGAGAAGAUGGAGCCCUCCGACUUCCAGCCCCUCCCUCAAAUCACACCUCGGACUCCAGAACCUGGACUUGAGAUGCCCCGUGGGGCCACACAGGAGUCGUCACUGGGCCUAUGGGUGAAAGAGGAGCCUGGGGUUACAGAGGAUCCAGGUGAGGAGCUUCUGGACUCUGGGCCUCUAACCAACCCCCAGGAGGCCACUUCCACUGUCCUACCUGAGGAGGCCCAGGGCUGUGGCGUGGCGCUGGACCAGGCCUCUCCCCAUAGUGAGACUGGGCCUGAGGGGUCCUCAUGGACGGAGCACCCUGAGGCCCUGUGGCAGGAGGAAGCUGGGAGCAUCUUCUCCCCGGGGUUUACACUCCAGAUGGACAGUAUCUCUGCUGGCCCAGACACUGUGAGCCCCCACAUCCACCUCCCCUGGGACCUCGGCGUGGCCAGCCUCACGGGCCGACUCGAGUCACCCUCCCUCGAAGGUGGCUUCUCACACGCGCUGGUGCUCUCCAGCGACCCGGGAGGUGAGCAGGACCCCACGUACGAUCCCCGCCAGGGCGUGGGCCCCGGGCUGGCCGCCGCUCGCUGGCGUGCCGCCAGGGGCCGGAGCCGGGGUCGAGGUCGCCCCAGCACAGGCGCCGGAGCCGUGCGAGGUGGCCGCUGCGACGUGUGCGGGAAGGUGUUCAGCCAACGCAGCAACCUGCUGAGGCACCAGAAGAUACACACGGGAGAGCGGCCGUUCGUGUGCGGCGAAUGCGGCCGCAGCUUCAGCCGCAGCUCGCACCUGCUGCGCCAUCAGCUCACGCACACCGAGGAGCGGCCGUUCGUGUGCGGCGACUGCGGCCAAGGCUUCGUACGCAGCGCGCGCCUGGAGGAGCACCGGCGCGUGCACACGGGCGAGCAGCCCUUCCGCUGCGCCGAGUGCGGCCAGAGCUUCCGGCAGCGCUCCAACCUGCUGCAGCACCAGCGUAUCCACGGCGACCCUCCGGGCCCCGGCGCGGCACCCCCGGCGCCUCCUGGCGCGCCGGAGCCCCCAGGCCCCUUCCCGUGCAGCGAGUGCCGCGAGAGCUUCGCACGGCGCGCCGUGCUGCUGGAGCACCAGGCGGUGCACACAGGCGACAAGUCUUUCGGCUGCGUGGAGUGCGGUGAGCGCUUCGGCCGCCGUUCGGUGUUGCUGCAGCACCGGCGCGUGCACAGCGGCGAGCGGCCCUUCGCCUGCGCUGAGUGCGGCCAGAGCUUCCGGCAGCGCUCCAACCUCACGCAGCACCGGCGCAUCCACACGGGCGAGCGGCCCUUCGCCUGCGCGGAGUGCGGCAAGGCCUUCCGCCAGCGGCCGACGCUCACGCAGCACCUGCGCGUGCACACGGGGGAAAAGCCCUUCGCCUGCCCUGAGUGCGGCCAGCGCUUCAGCCAGCGUCUGAAGCUCACUCGCCAUCAGCGGACGCACACCGGCGAGAAGCCCUACCACUGCAGCGAGUGUGGCCUGGGCUUCACGCAAGUCUCGCGGCUCACCGAGCACCAGCGCAUCCACACAGGCGAGCGGCCCUUCGCCUGCCCGGAGUGCGGCCAGAGCUUCCGGCAGCACGCCAACCUCACGCAGCACCGGCGCAUCCACACGGGCGAGCGGCCGUACGCAUGCCCCGAGUGCGGCAAAGCCUUCCGCCAGCGGCCCACGCUCACGCAGCAUCUGCGCACCCACCGGCGCGAGAAGCCCUUUGCCUGCCAGGACUGUGGCCGCUGCUUCCACCAGAGCACCAAGCUCAUCCAGCAUCAGCGCGUCCACAGUGCAGAGUAGCCAGUGCGCGCUGCACCCACUCUCCGCCCUCACCUCGUUCCUUCGUGCGGGGGGGGGGGGGGGGGGGGGGGGGCUGCAGAACACCUACCUCGCGGGGAUGCUGUGAGGCCUGUGAUCACGUGGGUACAAGCCAGCCCUCUUAGGGCCCGGUGACCAGUAGGUGCUCAAUAAACAGUACACGGAACCUG